AUGUUCUUUAAUGAGAUAUUUGCCUCAUCCAAACUAAACACCAUUCGAGAAGGCGAGAUGAUCACAAGUGGAAGAGAUUCAAUUGAAGACUCGUCACCACCACAGCGUUUCUUCAUAACCAUACACACUUCCACCUACGCAGAUCAACUGUCAUCUUACUCCCGCAAAGAAGAAUCCCGCUAUUGCGACCAUAACUUUGCCUUUGCGAUCGUCAACACAAUCAGACUUGUCUCCUUCCUUCAAAUUCAGAGUUAUCUCAAUCUGUCAUCAACCGCCGUCACGAUGGGAAAGAUGAGUACCAACCACCAUUGUCCAGUCAAGAAUGGCUGUACCCACGCCCUCACCCAAAACUAUCGAAACCCAUACUGCCCCAAGCACAUGACCUAUUGCAAGAACCCGAAGUGCCAUAGCGAGUACCCGUAUGUCAUGAGCAACCAGCGCUGCAAGCCUUGCACAGGUCGCGAGGAGGCAGAGAGGCAAAAGAAAGAAGAUGAGAAGAAGGCAUUAGAAGCCAAGAAGGAGGCUGAGAAGGAGGCGAAGGCUAAAUCCGGCAAGAAAGAUGAUAAGAACAAGUACAAGAAGAACUAG